UCGUAUUUAAAAGUUAAGUCACAUGAUUGUAAUCAUAUGAUUGUGAACGACUUUCAAAUUAUUUUGUUAAGAAAUUAAUACUAAAAGAAGGAGGAAAUUAUGUUGGCUUUCAUAAAUAGAAUUUUUGAUUGGUUUCGAAGCCUUUUCUGGAAAGAGGAAAUGGAAUUGACUUUAAUUGGUUUGCAAUAUUCGGGAAAAACAACGUUUAUCAAUGUUAUAUCUUCCGGCCAAUUUUGUGAAGAUAUGAUUCCUACAGUUGGAUUCAAUAUGAGAAAAGUUACAAAAGGAAGUGUUGUCAUAAAGAUUUGGGAUAUUGGUGGUCAGCCAAGAUUUCGAAGUAUGUGGGAAAGAUAUUGUCGAGGAGUGAAUGCCAUCAUUUAUAUGGUUGAUGCGGCUGAUCAUGGGAAGAUUGAAGAGUCACGAAAUGAACUUCAUAGUUUAUUAGAAAAGCCACAACUCUCUGAAAUUCCUGUUCUGGUUUUGGGUAAUAAGAGUGAUCUUCCAAAUGCCUUGAAUGAAAAACAGAUUAUUGAGCAAAUGAAUCUUUCUGCUAUUCGAGAUAGGGAAGUUUGUUGUUAUUCGAUAUCCUGCAAGGAAAAAAAUAACUUAGAUGUCACUCUGAAGUGGUUAAUUCUGCAUUCUAAAUCUAGUCAAAAUUAAAAUAUUUAAUUGAUGGAAAUCAAGAAAAAUAUUACUUUAUCUAAUUACAAAAAUUAAGCAUUACAAGUAAUUAAUUUCAUAAUGAAAUUACAAAAUGCAUUCUGUAUACAUCAGUGUAUAGUUCAUACUUUGUGAAUAGAUGUUAAGAAAAGUAAUUGUACUGUACCUCUGAAAAUGGAUGAUCAGUCAACAUGAUUAAAGUAUACAGUAACCAUUGAGUGAUUUGGUAAUAGCAUACCAUAAAUGAAUGAAGGAGGAAAUAUAUAGAAUUCAAUGAAAAAUGAUAUUUACAUAUAGUUAUCCUAUUUUAUAGAAGACCAAUUGAAAUGAUAGAUGAUAUUCUGAAGGCAUAAAAACUGAACUUUGAAUAUUAGUAAGGUAAUGAUUUUUGCAAUUUAUUUGUAUCCUGGAAAGCAAGUAAAAUAUAUAAGCAAUAAUCAUGUAUAAUUUCUAUGGUGAGUGCAAAAUCAGUAAGUAUUAAUAUUAAUAAAAUUAACUUGUUGGAAUGCCAACUAGAAUUGUAAAAGUGUUCUUUUAACUUAUCUGGUUCCUUUUUCAGUUUCAAAUAAUUAAAUUUUACUUAAAUGUUUUGUUUGACCAUGAAUUUUGGAAUUUUGUUUAAUCAGUGAAUUCAUAUUUUUACAAUAAUAGAAAAUUUUAAUCAUUUUG